AUGGAAAUACUUUCCCUGGAGAUUGAGCCUAUUUUGCCUGGAAAGGAGACACCAACUGCCUCUGAAAGUGCUGAAAAUCUGUGUUACAAGAGAUACGGGAUGGAAAUAGAUGGUUUAGACUAUAUGUAUGUUAAAUAUGCCAGGGUUUGGAUCCCUGAUCCAGAGGAGGUCUGGAAGUCAGCAGAACUUCUCAAAGAUUAUAAACCUGGAGAUAAAGUCCUCCAACUUCGACUUGAAGAAGGCAAGGACCUAGAAUAUUGCCUAGAUCCGAAGACAAAGGAACUCCCGCCCUUGCGAAACCCUGACAUCCUUGUUGGUGAAAAUGACCUCACAGCGCUCAGUUAUCUCCACGAACCUGCUGUUUUACACAACCUCAAAGUUCGAUUUAUAGACUCUAAGCUGAUCUAUACCUAUUGUGGUAUCGUCUUAGUGGCCAUAAAUCCUUAUGAACAACUGCCUAUCUAUGGCGAAGAUAUCAUCAAUGCGUACAGUGGCCAAAAUAUGGGGGAUAUGGAUCCACAUAUCUUUGCGGUGGCUGAAGAAGCGUAUAAGCAGAUGGCCAGAGAUGAGCGAAAUCAGUCAAUCAUUGUCAGCGGGGAAUCCGGGGCCGGAAAGACCGUCUCUGCUAAGUAUGCCAUGAGGUACUUUGCCACGGUCAGUGGAUCCGCCAGUGAAGCCAAUGUUGAGGAGAAAGUCUUGGCCUCCAACCCCAUCAUGGAGUCUAUUGGAAAUGCCAAAACUACGAGGAACGACAACAGCAGUCGCUUUGGGAAAUACAUUGAAAUUGGUUUUGAUAAGAGGUAUCGAAUCAUUGGUGCUAACAUGAGAACUUACCUCUUGGAAAAGUCAAGAGUGGUGUUUCAGGCAGAAGAGGAGAGAAAUUACCACAUAUUUUACCAACUUUGUGCCUCUGCAGCAUUACCUGAGUUUAAAACUCUACGAUUAGGGAAUGCAAAUUACUUUCACUAUACGAAGCAAGGUGGAAGCCCUGUGAUUGAUGGUGUCGAUGAUGCUAAGGAAAUGGUAAACACCAGGCAGGCCUGCACUUUGCUAGGGAUUAGUGAUUCCUACCAAAUGGGAAUUUUUCGAAUCCUUGCUGGCAUCCUUCACUUGGGCAACGUGGAGUUUGCAUCUCGGGAUUCUGACAGCUGCACUAUUCCCCCCAAGCAUGAACCCCUCACCAUCUUCUGUGACCUCAUGGGUGUGGAGUAUGAAGAGAUGGCCCACUGGCUUUGCCAUAGGAAGCUCGCGACUGCCACCGAAACCUACAUCAAGCCAAUUUCUAAACUUCAUGCCAUCAAUGCCAGAGAUGCACUGGCCAAACAUAUCUAUGCUAAUCUCUUUAACUGGAUUGUAGAUCAUGUGAACAAAGCCCUUCAUGCUACUGUAAAACAGCAUUCUUUCAUUGGAGUGUUGGACAUCUAUGGAUUUGAGACAUUCGAAAUCAACAGCUUUGAACAGUUCUGUAUCAACUAUGCCAAUGAAAAGCUGCAGCAGCAGUUCAAUAUGCAUGUCUUCAAGCUGGAACAAGAAGAAUAUAUGAAAGAACAAAUACCAUGGACCUUGAUUGAUUUCUAUGACAAUCAGCCUUGCAUCAACCUCAUAGAGGCCAAAAUGGGAAUUCUGGAUCUGUUGGAUGAGGAGUGCAAGAUGCCAAAAGGCUCGGAUGACACUUGGGCCCAAAAACUAUACAAUACUCAUUUGAAUAAAUGUGCCCUCUUUGAAAAACCACGUUUGUCAAAUAAGGCUUUUAUCAUCAAGCACUUUGCUGACAAGGUGGAAUAUCAAUGUGAAGGCUUUUUGGAAAAGAAUAAAGACACAGUUUAUGAAGAACAAAUUAAGGUCCUAAAAUCAAGUAAGUUUAAGCUGCUGCCAGAGUUAUUCCAGGAUGAGGAGAAGGUCCUCAGUCCCACGUCAGCAACCCCUUCAGGGCGCGUGCCUUUGUCUCGAACAGCUGUAAAACCAGCCAAGGCUAGGCCAGGCCAAGCCAGCAAGGAGCAUAAGAAAACUGUGGGACAUCAGUUUCGAAACUCUCUUCAUCUGCUGAUGGAAACCCUGAACGCUACAACUCCACACUACGUGCGCUGUAUUAAGCCUAACGACUUCAAGUUUCCAUUCACAUUCGAUGAAAAGCGGGCAGUGCAGCAGCUGAGAGCUUGUGGUGUCCUGGAGACCAUCCGCAUCAGUGCAGCUGGCUUCCCCUCCAGGUGGACAUACCAAGAGUUCUUCAGCCGUUACCGUGUUCUGAUGAAGCAGAGAGAUGUCCUUAGUGACCGAAAGCAGACGUGUAAAAAUGUCCUGGAGAAGCUGAUUCUGGACAAGGAUAAGUACCAGUUUGGUAAGACAAAAAUAUUUUUCCGGGCUGGUCAAGUAGCCUAUCUGGAAAAAAUAAGGGCAGAUAAGUUGAGAGCUGCCUGUAUCCGCAUCCAAAAGACGAUCCGAGGCUGGCUGAUGCGAAAGAAGUACAUGCGUAUGAGGAAGGCUGCCAUCACCAUUCAGAGAUAUGUCAGAGGGUACCAAGCACGAUGCUAUGCCAAGUUCCUGCGGAGAACACGGGCUGCCAUCACUAUUCAGAAGUUCCAGCGCAUGUAUGUGGUCCGCAAGAGAUACCAAUGCAUGCGAGCUGCUACUAUUGCUCUUCAGGCUCUCUUAAGAGGUUACAUGGCCAGAAACAAGUACCAAAUGAUGCUUCGGGAGCACAAGUCUAUUAUUAUUCAGAAACACAUAAGAGGUUGGCUGGCUCGAGUGCACUACUGUAGGACCUUGAAGGCAAUUGUUUACUUGCAAUGCUGUUACCGGCGCAUGAUGGCCAAGAGGGAGCUAAAGAAACUGAAGAUAGAGGCCCGGUCUGUUGAACGCUACAAGAAGCUUCACAUUGGCUUGGAGAACAAGAUCAUGCAGCUGCAGCGAAAAAUUGAUGAGCAGAACAAAGAGUACAAAUCUCUGCUGGAGAAGCUGAGCAACCUGGAAAUCACGUACAGUACAGAGACAGAGAAGCUGCGGAGUGAUGUGGAAAGGCUUCGGAUGAGUGAGGAGGAGGCUAAGAAUGCGACCAACCGUGUCCUCAGCCUUCAGGAGGAGAUUGCCAAGCUCCGGAAAGAGCUGCACCAAACUCAGUCUGAGAAGAAGACCAUUGAGGAAUGGGCAGACAAAUACAAACAUGAAACCGAGCAGCUGGUAUCAGAACUGAAGGAGCAGAACACAUUACUGAAAACAGAAAAGGAGGACCUUAACCGCCGCAUCCAUGACCAAGCGAGGGAAAUAACAGAAACGAUGGAAAAGAAAUUAGUGGAGGAAACGAAACAGCUAGAACUAGAUCUGAAUGAUGAACGGUUACGGUACCAGAACCUGCUGAAUGAGUUCAGCCGUUUAGAGGAGCGGUAUGAUGACCUCAAGGAUGAAAUGAACUUAAUGGUGAACAUCCCCAAGCCUGGGCACAAAAGAACAGAUUCAACACACAGUAGCAAUGAAUCGGAAUAUACUUUUAGUUCUGAGAUCACAGAAGCGGAAGACUUACCAGUGAGGACAGAGGAACCAAGUGAGAAAAAGGCACCAUUGGAUAUGUCUCUGUUCCUCAAGCUGCAGAAACGGGUUACGGAGCUGGAGCAAGAAAAGCAAUCCCUGCAGGAUGAACUGGACAGAAAGGAAGAACAGGCUCUCCGUGCUAAAGCUAAGGAAGAGGAAAGACCUCCAAUAAGAGGUGCAGAGUUGGAGUAUGAGUCGCUCAAGCGUCAAGAACUUGAAUCUGAGAAUAAAAAACUGAAGAAUGAGUUGAAUGAGCUGCAGAAGGCUCUCACAGAAACGCGAUCUCCAGAGGUAACUGCUCCUGGUGCCCCCGCAUAUAGAGUCCUCCUGGAUCAGCUGACUUCUGUAAGUGAAGAGCUUGAAGUACGCAAGGAAGAAGUCCUCAUCCUGAGGUCUCAGCUUGUUAGCCAGAAAGAGGCAAUUCAACCCAAGAAUACCAUGACAGAUUCUACAAUCCUCUUGGAGGAUGUACAGAAGAUGAAAGACAAAGGAGAAAUAGCACAGGCGUAUAUUGGACUGAAGGAAACAAACAGGCAAUCUCCCCAGGACUAUCAUAUGCUGAAUGAGGAUGGAGAACUUUGGCUGGUUUAUGAAGGGUUAAAACAAGCCAACAGACUGCUGGAGUCUCAGCUUCAGUCGCAGAAGAAGAGCCACGAGAAUGAACUAGAAUCGCUGCGAGGUGAGAUCCAAAGUCUGAAGGAAGAAAACAAUCGCCAGCAGCAGCUCCUAGCACAGAACCUGCAGCUGCCUCCAGAGGCCCGCAUUGAAGCCAGUCUACAGCAUGAGAUCACCCGGCUGACUAAUGAGAACCUGUUUUAUGAGGAGUUGUAUGCAGAUGAUCCCAAGAAGUAUCAAUCGUACCGGAUUUCACUUUACAAACGGAUGAUUGAUUUAAUGGAGCAGCUUGAAAAGCAAGACAAAACUGUUCGCAAGUUAAAGAAACAGUUGAAAGUAUUUGCUAAGAAGAUUGGUGAACUUGAAGUGGGCCAGAUGGAGAACAUAUCACCUGGACAAAUCAUCGACGAACCUAUUCGUCCAGUUAACAUUCCACGGAAGGAAAAGGACUUCCAAGGGAUGCUAGAAUAUAAGAAGGAGGAUGAACAAAAACUUGUCAAGAAUCUUAUUUUAGAGCUGAAACCACGUGGGGUAGCCGUCAACCUGAUUCCAGGACUACCAGCAUACAUCUUGUUCAUGUGUGUACGUCAUGCGGAUUACCUUAAUGAUGACCAAAAAGUGCGGUCAUUGUUGACUUCUACUAUCAACGGCAUCAAAAAAGUAUUGAAGAAAAGAGGUGAUGACUUCGAAACAGUGUCCUUCUGGCUAUCUAACACCUGCCGAUUUUUGCACUGUUUGAAGCAAUAUAGUGGAGAAGAGGGGUUUAUGAAGCAUAACACACCUCGUCAAAAUGAACACUGCCUCACUAAUUUUGAUUUAGCUGAAUACAGACAAGUACUGAGUGAUUUGGCUAUUCAGAUCUACCAACAACUUGUCCGAGUGUUGGAAAACAUUCUGCAACCAAUGAUUGUUUCAGGAAUGCUGGAGCAUGAGACUAUCCAGGGUGUCUCAGGGGUGAAACCAACAGGGCUGCGGAAGAGAACAUCCAGCAUUGCUGAUGAAGGAACCUACACUUUGGACUCCAUUAUUCGGCAGCUGAACUCUUUCCAUUCAGUGAUGUGUCAGCACGGAAUGGAUCCAGAGCUGAUCAAACAGGUUGUCAAGCAGAUGUUCUACAUCAUUGGGGCUGUAACACUUAAUAAUCUUCUCCUGCGCAAGGACAUGUGCUCAUGGAGCAAAGGAAUGCAGAUAAGAUACAAUGUGAGUCAACUGGAAGAAUGGCUACGUGAUAAAAAUUUGAUGAAUAGUGGGGCUAAAGAAACACUGGAACCCCUCAUCCAGGCUGCACAGUUGUUGCAAGUAAAAAAGAAAACAGAUGAAGAUGCAGAAGCCAUUUGUUCAAUGUGCAAUGCGCUGACUACUGCCCAGAUUGUAAAAGUUCUGAAUUUGUAUACUCCGGUUAAUGAGUUUGAAGAGAGAGUCUUGGUAUCAUUUAUACGUACAAUACAGAUGCGUCUGCGAGACAGGAAGGACUCUCCUCAGUUGCUCAUGGAUGCUAAACACAUCUUCCCUGUUACUUUUCCAUUUAAUCCAUCCUCUCUGGCAUUAGAAACCAUUCAGAUCCCAGCCAGCUUGGGGCUGGGCUUCAUAUCACGUGUCUGAUCCCAAGGAUGUACCGUCAGUGUUAGAUAUCAGUUGCCUGAUAUCUUUACCCAUUAAAGCAUAGUGAGCUACUGAAAACACGUUUUCUGAACAAACAGUCUAUAUAUGCCCAGAUCUAUAGUAAAAGUAGCUGGAAAACUACAUAACAGCACCACAGAUUGAAGGCUGAUAGAAAGAUGUGCAUUUGUGUUCAGUCAUUGCAUUUAUGAGGACAUCACUGAUUCAUACGAUUCCAGAAUAUGGAAAUCGGGCUUGGACAAAAAUUGUGUCUUCAGCUGUCUAGAGACAUUUUUAGAUCUUUAGUAAAAUAUUUAAAUAGUGUAAAUUAAACUCCACAUGUAAUCUUCUCACAGGCAGGGACCAACAGGGACAGUCACAGUCCUGAACAUGGAAGACUUGAAAGUAAGGCAUUUUGCAGUAGAAUACACAGUCACUUGGGAGCCUGUUACAUUUAAUUUGUAAAAACGGGAAUGGAGAAACACAAACUGGCAAUAUAUAAACUGAUUUCUUAAACCACUUCCUUAUUUAUGUCAGUUUGACAUAAAUUCUAGUGAUAAGUCUUACAGCUCACUAUAUGCUAUAACUUAGGUGUUCAUUUGUUAGUACUGUGGUUUACUGAGCAUACUAAAUCGCUGCUGCAUAUUGUGUUCUUUUAAACGUAUGACAGUAUCACACUAGGCACUGAAAAUAAGAUACUUCAUUUUUUGUUGUCAACCUUAUUUACAGUCUGAUGCAGCCUGUUACUUUAACUGGAUUUUUGCAAAUGGUAUCAAAUAACACCUGUAGAGGAAAAUGGUAACUAAGCACAAGUAGCACACUGGAAAAUACAUGUUUAGUUGUUUUUAAAUGUAGUUAGCUAAAAAUACAGAAUCUUGAAGCAAAUUAUCAAAGUCAAUAAUGAUUUUAGUAUUUAUUUAGAUUUCGUAGUCUGUCUAAUGUUGUUCUUUGUUUGUAGACCCCAGAGAGGACAGUGUGUAUUUUGAGUAUAAUAUCUUUUGUUUUGUUGCCACUCAAGAAAAAAAGUAUUCUUUCAUACUGGAAUUUGAGAGGAAAAACUUUAACAGAAAAUUUCUGCAGUAGCCCAAGGCUCUCAUUCUUUGAAAGGUUGACUAACAAGAACGUUAAGUAGGUUUUGACUAUGAUGCUGUCAUUUGACUAUGAUUCAUGCUGAUGUAAUCAGAUCCAGAGUGCAUAAUGAGAAACUGAGUUAUUCUGGAUAUUGCACAUCUUACUGCAAAGAUUUUUCUGUCUCACACGUCUUGGAUCUGCUGUACAGAAUUCACAGUUCACAAUGUGCAACGUAAGGGCAGAAGCCUUGCUGAAGGUUGCAGUUCUGAACUUUAAAGCAGCUAGUUUGUGGUGUAUGGGUCAAAUACACGUGUGGAAAAAAGCCACACACAUUGCUCAAUU